AUGGCGUUGUCUACUCGAAAUCGAAAGCGUAAACAAUUGGGGGAUGGCGUUGCUCCGUUUGAGUUUCCGUUUCAGACCCAGAAGAUCAACAGGGUUUCUAGGGUUUUUGAGAACCAACAGAAUUUAGCCGGGGAGAAAAAACCAACUACUUCUCUUCCUCUGCGCAAGGGUUUGUCGCCCAAACAGAUACAGACCAUCCCUUUGGCUUCGUCUCCUAGAAAGCAUAGAAAAUCGGAGGAGUUAGGUUUUGAUGGUCUCUGUCAGACUCAGAAGAUCAAGAGGCAAAAACUAGGUUUUGAGUUUGAUUGUUCUGAAAUUUUGGGGUGUCUGAUGAACCUCCGCCAUGUGAGUAGGUACUUUGAGAAGCCUGUGGUUGAUCCGGUUUAUUUCCACGACAUCUGGAGGCCGAUGGAUUUCGGUACUGUGAAAUCCAAAUUGGAGAGGGGUGUCUACUCCAGUCCUGAUGGGUUUGCUGCUGAUGUGAGGCUUACCUUGUCAAAUGCUUUAAGAUAUUAUCCGCCUGGGAGGAUUGAGCGUGCAGCAGCCAAGCAUCUCAGUGGUGUUUUUGAGAGCAAGUGGAAGGAAGCCCUGGAGAAAAACCCCAAGUCUGUUUGUCCUUCUCCUCUGCCCAAAGUCAAGGGUUUGGCAGUGUUACCCGAAGUGAAACAGGGCAAGACCUCUUCUCCUUCUAGCGUUCUUCAAAGUCAAGGGCUUGGUGUUUCUGAUUCUCAGUCAGUUGAUUCAACCAAACAUGAUGAGUUGGCCACCCUUGUUGAUAAUUCCAUGGAUCAGGCCUCAGAGAAUCUUUCCCAAUGUAAGGCUGUCCGAAUUCAUGCACUAAAGCUACGAUUUUCAGGUACUAUAUUGAAAGCAAACAAGAUACUUAAGGGUGUACCUGAUUCUCCACCAAGGAGAAAAUCGAUGCAGCGGAUGAAGCAAAGGGAGUUGGCUCGCCGUGCCAUUUCGAACAUGAAGAAGUCAGUGCAAUUUGAGGACCCUUUACAGGAUCUCAAACAACUUGAGCUGCUGUGUGGCUGUGGCAGUGAAGAUCCUUUUCUACAGGUCCGCCUCGGAAUGCCGCUUAAGAAAUUGGGUGUAUUCCUCAGGGAAGAUGAUGAGUUGCAAGGUCAGGACGAGGAAGCCUUUUUGAAUGGAGAUUGGGAGGAAGGUGAGAUCUGCUCUUGA